UGUGACAUGACACAUUCAUAGAAGUUGGCAACAGUGAGCAAUGAUGCGAAGUUUGUGCCGUCUCUCAACGAUAUUUGUGCUGCAUUGGCAUGCUUCGCGUGGCCAAGAUUUUCCUUCGCUGUCGAGCUGGUCUUAUCAAUACCAACAGUAUUGGGGAAAUAUUGUUGGCGCUACCUGCUCCUCGUUUGUUCCCCGGACUUUGGAUCUUUGAACAGCAAGCGAGCACUUGCUACACACCGAGGUACACGAGCCAAUCGCCCAUUGAUAUCCCAAAGCAGCUGGAUAAGGUGGAGCAAAAGAAUCUCACGACUUUAGGUGGCGGAGAAGAGGGGGCACGGCUUGGUUCUUUGGCUUGGAGCCUUUUGAACGACGCAGUCAAUGUUACCCUUCAUCCAGGACCUGUGACCUGGGAAGUACGAAUGACCAACCCAGCUGCGAUCCUGGUACAAUUGGAGGGAGUUGACUAUACCCUUCAGUCAAUUUCCUUCAAGUCGCCCUCAGAGCAUACAGUACAGGGUGCACACAAUGCAAUGGAGGUGCAGCUCUAUCACACUGGAAAGGACUUCCAGGGUGCUGAAAGAAGACUUCUAGUGUCUGUGAGCUUGGCACAAAGGGAAGAUGCUUGGAACAAGUUCUUGGAUCCCAUUUUCAAUGCAAUGCCUCAAGACGGAGCUGGGACUCCUUCGAUCAUGAUCAGCAAUCCUUGGUCUGACCUUGCGCCGCCGGACAGGUCUUUUGUCACUUACGAUGGCAGUACUACGGCACCUCCGUGCGAGGCCGCCACGUGGGUUGUGUUUAUGCAGCCAGGGUUCAUUGGGGUGCGGCAGCUUGAACAGUUUCGCUCUGGGAUUAGCGGCUAUCAGCCAUCCAGACUUGCUCCAGCAAACAGUACUCGACCCCUUGGAUUGUCAGAUCUUUGGGACAGUCGUUGGGGAUACAACAGCCGCAACACUCAAGCCCUAAACUACAGGCCAUUGUCAUUGGUGCAGAUGGCCAAUGCUCCUCCUCCAUUCGUUCCAAAGCAGAACUUUGAAGGUUCAACGAGCAUUUGGCCGAUUCUCAUUUGCAUCAUGCUCUUUGCUCUUCUGGUGACGGGCUGUCUCCUGGCUGUGUUGACCAGAAUCAAGCGGCACAAGGAAGAGUACGGCCAUGGCUGCUGUGAUGAUUCCGAUGAGGAGGAAGACGUUCGCUCGUUCCAGCAGCUCCAGUCGCUUCAGCAGGGGGCCACACUGCUGAGCCCUCUGCCAGAUCCGUACAUGCACAUGGCGCCAGCACGAGCAGGAUUUGGCAAGCACAAUCAGAUAUAUCUUGCAUGAACUGGGUUUCAACCAGGGCUGUGGAAGCAGUUUCGAUUUCGCUGCGAUCCAUAGUCCUGACAUGGAUGCUCAACAUCUUUAGCUCAAACGCAGCUUGGAUGUCAAGCACGCAGUGUGUUUAGCUCAAAUCGCUGCGGUUGCGCAAAUGGCCGGCUAAAUUUGCCCGCCCAACGUCGCUCUCGGAGCGGCCAAAACGAGCCGUCAUGGAAGAGUAUCUCUGGCAUGUAGGCUUUGUAAAGCUCAUUCUCGCAUUGAGCUGUGUGCCCAUCUCUGCUCUUGCUUCGUUGCGAAGGGCUCAGCUCCAAACUUAAGAAGAAACCUGG